AUGGGUAAAAAGGCUAUUGAUGCACGUAUCCCAACUCUUAUACGAAAUGGGGUUCAGGAGAAACAAAGAUCUUUCUUUAUCAUUGUAGGUGACAAGGCACGUAACCAAUUGCCAAACUUGCAUUAUUUAAUGAUGAGUGCUGACUUGAAAAUGAACAAGUCGGUUCUAUGGGCAUAUAAAAAGAAAUUACUAGGCUUCACAUCUCAUAGAAAGAAAAGAGAAGCUAAAAUCAAGAAGGACAUCAAGCGAGGUAUUAGAGAGGUUAACGAUCAAGAUCCUUUUGAAGCUUUCAUUUCAAAUCAGCACAUUAGAUAUGUUUAUUACAAAGAAACAGAUAAAAUUUUGGGAAAUACUUAUGGGAUGUGUAUUCUACAAGAUUUUGAAGCCAUGACCCCCAAUUUACUAGCAAGAACCAUAGAAACCGUAGAAGGUGGUGGUUUGGUGGUUAUCUUGCUCAAGAGCAUGACUUCAUUGAAGCAGUUGUACACUAUGAGCAUGGACAUUCACGCCAGAUAUAGGACAGAGGCGCAUAAUGACGUUGUUGCCAGGUUUAAUGAGCGGUUUUUGUUAUCUUUGGGAUCUUGUAAAACAUGUCUUGUUGUUGAUGACGAGUUGAAUGUGUUGCCCAUCUCUGGUGGGAAACAUGUUAAACGCUUGCCUCCAAGAGACGACGACGAGUUAACCCCCAAAGCUCAGGAACUUAAAGAGCUCAAGGAAAGUUUGGUAGAUGUCCAGCCAGCAGGGGCGCUUGUGGGCUUAACACGAACCAUAAACCAAGCGCAAGCUGUAUUGACAUUUAUUGAUGUGAUCACCGAGAAGACCUUGCGGAGUACUGUCACCUUGACAGCCGGAAGAGGUCGAGGUAAGUCUGCUGCUUUGGGUAUUGCUAUUGCGGCAGCUGUAUCUCAAAACUAUUCCAAUAUCUUUGUGACUUCUCCUUCACCAGAGAAUUUGAAAACGUUGUUUGAGUUUAUUCUUAAAGGAUUUGAUGCGUUGGGAUACACUGAACAUAUGGACUACGACAUUAUUCAGUCGACAAACCCAUCUUUCAACAAAGCUAUAGUCCGUGUGGACAUCAAGAGGGAACACAGGCAAACCAUUCAAUACAUUUCCCCCAAUGAUAAUUAUGUCUUGGGACAAGCAGAAUUGUUAAUCAUUGAUGAAGCUGCUGCAAUUCCAUUGCCAAUUGUGAAAAAGUUAAUGGGCCCAUAUCUUGUUUUUAUGGCAUCCACUAUCAAUGGGUACGAAGGAACAGGUCGCUCUUUGUCUUUAAAAUUGAUACAGCAACUAAGAACGCAACAACAACAACAAUCGGUUACCGCUGCUGGUACUGAAAUCGUUUCAAGAGAUAAGAAACUGGUAGAAGAUACCAGUGGGCCUUUGACCAGAAACUUAAAGGAAGUUGUUUUGGAUGAGCCAAUCAGAUACGCACCUGGAGAUCCAGUAGAAAGUUGGUUGAACAAGUUAUUAUGUCUUGAUGUCUCACUUUCCAAAAAUGCCAAAUUUGCUACUAAAGGAACUCCGCAUCCAUCUCAAUGCAACUUGUUUUAUGUAAAUAGGGACACGCUAUUUUCUUACCAUCCUGUAUCUGAAGCAUUUUUGCAGAAAAUGAUGGCUUUGUAUGUCUCGUCACAUUACAAAAACUCACCAAAUGAUUUGCAGUUGAUGUCAGAUGCGCCAGCCCAUCAGUUAUUUGUUCUUUUACCACCGAUUGAGGAAGGUGACAACAGAAUACCAGAUCCGUUAUGUGUGGUUCAAUUGGCAUUGGAAGGAGAAAUAUCUAAAGAAAGCGUGCGAAAGUCGUUAAGCAGAGGCCAAAGGGCAGGAGGGGAUUUGAUCCCGUGGUUAAUCUCACAACAGUUUCAAGACGAAGAGUUUGCGUCAUUAUCGGGAGCAAGAGUUGUACGGAUUGCUACAAAUCCCGAGUAUUCUAGCAUGGGAUAUGGUACCAGAGCAAUGCAAUUAUUGAUUGAUUACUAUUCCGGCAAAUUCACAGAUGUUAGUGAAUCAUCGGAGUUGAAGGACCAUACCUUGACGAGAGUAACCGAUAAGGAGCUAGCUAAUGCUUCAUUAAAGGAUGAAAUCUCACUCAGAGAUGCCAAAUCGUUGCCCCCAUUAUUGUUGAAACUUUCGGAAAAGGCACCAUACUAUUUAGAUUACCUCGGAGUCUCCUAUGGUUUUACUCCACAAUUACACAAAUUCUGGAAAAAAACCGGCUUUACUCCUGUAUAUUUGAGACAAACUGCGAAUGACUUAACGGGGGAGCAUACUGAUGUUGUUUUGAAUGCAUUACCAGGAAGAGAAAAACAAUGGUUGCAGGAGUUUUCCAAGGACUUCCAUAAACGAUUUUUACAGCUAUUGUCUUAUGAAUUCAGGAAGUUCCCAGCAACACAAGCCCUUAGUCUUAUAGAAGCUACUGAGCAAGGUGAAGGUGAAAAAACGAUGGUUGCUCCUUUAACCAAGGAGAUGUUGGACGAGUUGUUAUCACCAUUUGACUUGAAGAGAUUGGACUCGUAUGCUAAUAAUUUAUUGGAUUAUCACGUAAUCGUGGACACAUUACCAUUGAUUGCACAGUUAUAUUUCUCCAAAAAAACAGGAGAUCACAUUAGUCUAUCGUCAGUACAAUCUGCUAUAUUGUUAGCUAUUGGUUUGCAACAUAAAAGCAUGGACGAUAUAUCUCUGGAGUUGAAAUUGCCACUCAAUCAAGCAAUGGCUAUGUUUGCUAAAAUAAUUAGAAAGUUUUCCUCCUACUUUAGACGUAUUUUGUCGAAUGCCAUUGAAAGCGAAAUGCCUGAAUUGGAAGACGACGAACAGCUAAAGGAAAUUGAAGGAAAUGUAGAUGAGGAGCCAGACUAUGCCGAACUAGAACAAAAGAUGCAUCAAGAUAUAAAAGAAGCCGGUGAUGAAGCAAUUUCUGAGAUGAAAGAAAAACAAAAAGAGUUGAUAAAUGCCUUGAAUUUGGAAAAAUACGCAAUUGCUGAUAAUGGCGAUUGGGAUGAGAAAUCAAUGGCAAAAGCACUGAGUGGUAAGUCCAACAAUGGUGGUGUGAUUAGCGUAAAAAAAGGCAAGAGAACGUCUGGAGAGAGUGCAAGUGAUAUAUACGAGAAGGAGAUGAAACUGGUAAAGAAGAUGAAAAAGAGUAAGAAAUAA